GGAGCAAGCUGGAGAGGAAGCUGCUUCCCUAAGACACAGCACGCCUGAGGCCAGAAGCCACAGACCGGGAUCCAGCAGCCGCCCUUCGCCCAGCUCCGUCCAGCCCUCCCGGCGGAGACGCUGGAUUUGAACCCUGUCUGCCCUGCGGAGUCUGGAGCCUCAUUACCCGACCUCACUGCAUGUGGCUCUUGGAGAAAGCCGGCUACAGGACGGGGCGCGAGCCGGGGACUCGCUGGGCGCGCUGCAGGCUGCUCCCCGAGCGCCGC